AUGACAUCCUUCAUCCCCUCUUUGCCCUCCCCCCUCGCCCUCAUCAACGCCACCGCCGCCAUCAUCGCCCCCAGCCCCAUCUCAAAACCCCAAUCCCCCCUCACUCCCACGCGGGGCGCUCCACUUUCUGGCGACGCGAAUCUCGUCCCCGAAAGAUAUCUCGGCGAAAAACCACUCGACACUUCUAUACCUUCCGCCCAAAACACAUCUUUCAACCCACACCCCACCCGACUCGUCCACUCCCAACCAUCUCCCGACCCCCCUCCUGUAUUCGUGCGAAGCCCCCCCUCGACACUGCUCGACGCGCCUGCUCGAGCGGCCAUGAGCCUUCCCAACCAGCAAACCGCCCAGGCCCAAGCGAGGGCGGUACGGGGGUCCGACCUGAACACGCCAGAGUACGAGGUGGAUGAGGAUACUGCUGGGCGAAAGGGCGAGUCUGCCCCUCUCUUGGCUCCCCAGCCCGUCUAUCCCGGAGGUGCCAGCCCUUCCCUGUCUCGAGCGUCUUCGACAGGAUCCAACCGGGGUAUCCUCCGCCGCAUAUUCAUCGACCGCUCCAACACCCCUUCUCACCACCUCACAGCCCCCACCUUCCCCCCUCCCUCCCUCUCCACCUACUCUCCCAUCUCCCCCGCCCCCCUCACCAUCGGCGCCAAGCUCAAUCUCAUCUUCAUCCAAUCAGUCUCCAUCGUCCUCUCCACCUUCUUCCUCGCCGCUGUUGUGGCCUGGGCAAUGACGGCGGAGGUAUGCAAGGCGCUGCCAAAGUGGGUGUGGCCGGAUAGACCGAUGAAGUUUCCAUGGGACGACGAAGAGUAUUGGAAGAAGGAGAAGACGGUUAGCAAGGAUCCGGCGUUCUACGCGAGGCAGGUGGGCAUGGAUAUUGAGCAUCAGACGGUCGAGACGGAGGACGGAUACUUUCUCAAAAUGCACCGAGUCAUCGACCCCGACGCCCAAACCCACUCUGACGGCCGAGGUGGUUUCCCCGUCCUCGUCCUCCACGGCCUCUUCCAAUCCUCCGGCUCAUUCGUCACCUCCGAAGACCGUUCGCUCGCUUUCUGGCUCGCAAGGGAGGGAAAGUAUCAGGUGUAUCUUGGAAACACGAGAGGGGUGUUUGAUAUGGGGCAUAGGAACUUUUCGAGGAAUGAUCCGAGAUUCUGGGAUGCAGAUUGGACUAUUCGAGAGCUGGCGAUGUACGAUCUUCCGGCGCUCGUCGAGCACGUUUGUCGAGAGACUGGGUACGACAAGAUCGGGUUUAUCGGCCACUCCCAAGGCAACGGCCUUGCCUUCAUCUCCCUCUCCCUCGGCAUGUGUCCUUCCCUCGGCAACAAACUCUCCGUCUUCAUCGCCCUCGCCCCCGCCGUUUACGCCGGUUCCCUCACCACCGGCUUCCCCUUCACCGUCCUCAACAAGGUCGAAUGGCCAAAGUGGAAACGAUUCUUUGGCGUGCUGGACUUUAUACCGUUGAUGCGGUGGGCGUAUGAUUAUGCGCCGGCCAAGUUGUUUGCGACGCUGGGGUAUAUCAUGUUUGCGUUCUUGUUUAGAUGGACGGAUACGAACUGGCUGCACCGUCGAAAGACCAAAAUGUUCCGCUUCACCCCCACCCCCGUCUCCUCCGCCUCCAUCUUCUGGUGGUGCGGCAAAGGCGGCUUCGCCGACCGCAAAUGCACCCUCGACGACUCUCUCCCCCGCUGGUUCGAUGACCGUUUCCCUCCCCUAUCAAUCUACCACGGCGGGCGCGAUUUCCUCGUCUUUGCCGAUCCUUUGCUGGAGCGCUUGGAAGAGAAGGAGAAGGAUGUCAAGGUGAUCAAAGUGACAAAGCUGGAUAAGAGCGAGCAUUGUGAUUUCUAUUGGGCGGCAGAGGCGGUUGAGUGGGCGUACCUGAGUUUCCUUGAUGAUAUCGAAUCGACUCGUCCAAGAUACCCUGAUGAGGAGGAUCUUCCCGCCGGCAACAACGGUACGGAGACCAGCAUGCAAUAG